AUGGGUAACCGUGGGGGCAAAAGAGGUCGAGGCGGGAGCAGAGGCGGUGGUCGUGGGGGUGGUCAGCGAUCAAUUCGCACAGACUACUCGGAAGUGCCCAAAGCCAAUGCACAAUAUGAGCAAUACUACAAUGAACUAGGCUUGGUCGAAGAGGCCGAAAGGGAAGAUUUCUGGACUGCGUUGCGAAGAGAACUCCCAAAUAGCUUUCGUUUCACUGGUUCAAAAGGGCAAGCUCUACCGGUGCAGCAGCUACUGAAGGACCGCUACAUACCGGAGAUCACCUCUAUAGAGCAUAAUGGUGAGCUCGUCAAUCCGCCAAAUGCUAUAUCAUGGUUCCCAGAUCAAUUGGCAUGGCAGAUGACCACACCCAAGAGCGUCGUGCGCAAAUUCCCACCGUUUGCUUCGUUCCAAAAGUUCUUGGUCUCAGAGACGAGUGUCGGAAAUAUAAGUCGGCAGGAGGUGGUUAGCAUGAUCCCGCCGCUUCUCAUGGACGUCAAACCAGGCAUGACCGUCUUGGACUUGUGUGCGGCGCCUGGUAGCAAAGCGGCUCAGUUGAUCGAAAUGGUCCAUGGCGGAGAGGAGGCUCGAACGCGAAAAGUAGUCCGCAAGAUGAAGAUGGACCAAGGGCGAGAAACGAGCCCUGACGGUCGAUUAACGGAAGAACAAAUGAAAGAGGAAGAACAAAAUGGCGACUGGUCGGACGAUGGGAGAACCACGGGGUUGCUAAUCGCCAACGAUGCCGACUAUAAGCGCGCGCACAUGCUCGUACACCAGAUGAAAAGACUCAAUUCCCCGAACCUGAUCGUAACGAAUCACGAUGCAACAAUGUACCCGUCCAUAAAGCUUCCAACCGAUCCCAUCCGAGAGGGCGGCGAAACAAGAAACAGAUAUCUCAAGUUUGAUCGCAUACUAGCCGAUGUGCCAUGCUCUGGCGAUGGAACUUGUCGAAAGAAUGUCAAUGUUUGGAAAGAUUGGAAUCCUGGAAAUGCGCUUGGGCUGUUCUCCACGCAGGUCCGUAUUUUGGUCCGCGCACUACAAAUGCUGAAAGUCGGAGGGAGAGUUGUCUAUUCAACUUGCAGCAUGAAUCCCGUGGAGAACGAGGCAGUCGUAGCAACAGCUAUCGAUCGAUGUGGUGGCAUGUCUAAGGUUGACAUCAUUGACUGCAGUAGCGCUCUGCCUGAAUUGAAGAGACGGCAAGGCUUCAACGACUGGAAAGUGAUGGACAAGCAAGGCAGGAUCUGGCCAUCCUGGCAAGCAGUAGAAGCUGAGAAAGCCAAAAAUGGCGAGGAAGGUCUUGGAAGACUAUCCGAGUUCAUGUUCCCAUCAACCAAAAGAGCAGAGGCUGGUUCGCUUGACCGGUGUAUGCGCGUCUACGGACACCUGCAAGACACGGGCGCAUUUUUCAUCACUGUCCUGGAGAAGAAAAUCGAGAUCAAAGCAAGACCAGAAGCCGAAUCCAAGAAACCGGAGCCAGAGCCCACUUCCAUUAUGGACGUUGUCAAAGAGAUCGAGGCGAAAACCACAAACGGCAGCGACCCACUUCAAAAAAUCGAAGCUGCCGAUAAGAUCGUGCAACCACAAACCAACGACUACGCAGAAGGCGUAUCAGCAGCAGCCCGCCAAAACCAAGAGAACGCUCCCAGCAGCACCACCACGGCCGUCAAACGAGAACACGACACCGAGACUGACGCUGCAAUGUCGACCAAACGUCUCAAAACCAGAGACGGAAUUGAAGUCGAAGAUCCAGCACCCCAAGGCGAUGAAGAUCGUCAAGUACACUGGCCCCCACCACCAGCCGCUCAGCUCGACGCAAGUCGUCCUGAAACACAAACAUCACUCCCUUCUCCGGCUCCACCGCUCGGUGAGAACCAGAAGCAAUUCAACAAGAACAAGCAACCCUACGAAGAACCCUUCAAAUACCUCGACCCUGAUCAGCCGGACCUGCGAUCAAUUUACGAAUUCUACGACCUCUCGCCCGUAUUCCCACGAGACAGAUUUAUGGUCCGCAACGCCCUCGGCCACCCCUCCAAAACAAUCUACUACACCUCCGCUCUUGCCCGCGCCAUCCUGACCGCCAACGCAAGCUCUGGCAUCAAAUUCGUACACUGCGGCGUGAAGAUGUUCGUCAAGCAAGACGUACAAUCUGCCGAAGUAUGUAGAUGGAGGAUCCAGAGCGAAGGAUUGCCAGUUUUGGAGGCGUGGGUGGGGGAGAAGAGGGUUGUGAGAUUAUGGGAGAGGAGCACACUGAGGGCGCUUUUGGUGGAGAUGUUUCCAAAGGUGGAUGGGAAGGGAUGGAAGGGGUUGGGGGAGAUUGGGGAGAGGGUUAGAGAUGUGGGCAUGGGGUGCUGUGUGCUGAGGGUCGAGAAGGGGGACGGGAGGGAUAGCUUCAGCGAGCGCAUGGUUCUUCCUCUAUGGCGCAGCCUCCACUCACUCAACCUGAUGCUGCCGAAAGAAGAUCGCAAAGCCAUGCUGCUGCGUCUUUACAACGAGGACACGCCACUUAUGGAUCAUUCAAAAGAACGCUUCCACGACUCCAAAGCUCAAUCCAACGCUGAUAUCAAAGACGAGCCAGACGCCAUCAAAGACGAAGCAGAAACGAAUGCUGACGUCAAAGACGAGCUGGCUGUCAAGGAGGAUGUAGAGGGGAACGUCGCGGCUGCGGGAUUAGGCGAGCAUGUGGAGGCGAGGGAGGAUGGGGCCGGGGAUGGGGACGUGGAGAUGGAGGAUGACGUGCUGUCGGACGGCUUAAAGCAGGAGGAGGAGGUGGAGGAUGGGGUGUAG